ACUGAGGAAAAAACCAAACAGUAAGUUACAAAUGCAGCACAGCCAACAAGGCAUAAGAUGGAUUCUUCAGCAGCCAAUAGCCAUGCACAUGUCCAUAGCAAACCCCUCCUCUAUCCACAUAUAUUCCCCACCCUCAUUAAUUUCCUCAUCCUCCUCCACCUCCAAAACACCACAAAAUUGGCGCUGUGUCCGAAAUGGGCUUUUGUUGUUCAAAUCUUGUUGACUCUGAUCAAUCUGAAUAGAGCCACUUCUUCUUCGGACCCUCUUGUUCAGCAAGAGUUGGACAAGGUCCUUGAGCUCCCAGGCCAAACCUUUAAAAUAUCUCCUUUGCACACUAUGCUGGGUACGUCACAGUUAAUAGUAGUACACUGGGAGGGCUCUAUUCUACUGGUUCAUUGAGGCUGCUGAAGACCCUUCUUCUAAGCCUCUGGUUCUUUGGCUCAAUGGAGGGCCUGGAUGUUAAGUUCUAUCAAAAUGUAAAUUUCUAAGAAUUGUUUCUAAGGCUACCACUUCUUCAACAAUAUUCAUACAGAAAAUAUGUAAUGAAGAUCACUUCCCAUCUAAGGUGGCUUGCUUAUCCCACAUUAUUGUCAUUGACAAUAUAAAGAAGAACUUGAAUGAAACCCAACUAGAGAUGUUUAAAAAAUCUUGUUUUGGCCACUUCUUAGGUAUGGCUAAUUUGAAAUUUUCUGCUCAAAUUGUUCAUAAUAUGUUGUUACGCAAUGUGACAUUAAAAGAGAAGAUGAGAUGUGGAUACUUGUUCACUCAAAAGGAUUGAGAUUUAGUGCGUCAGAGUUUGCAUUGAUAACUGGGUUGAAAUUUGGUAAUAUUUCACAAUUUGACUUAACAUCUUUAAGAAUAAGAGAUCAAUAUUUCAAUGGAGAGAAUAAGAUUCGUAAUAAUCGAUUGGAGGAGGUUUUCAUCUCAUUAUGUAAGAAAGGAAAGAGAACAAGCACAAAGAGGACAAAAAAGAAGGCAAAGUUAAGUGGGAAAUCAAAUCUUGAUGAAGAUAUUGUGAAGUUAGCAUUGUUGUACUUUGUUGAGCAUGUCCUACUAGGAAAAGAAGGGAAGAAUUUGAUAGAUUUACAAUGGGUUCAACUUGUUGAUAGUCUAGAGGAGUUCAACAAGUAUCCUUGGGGAAGAAUUUGCUAUGAGAGAACAUUGUUUGGAUUUCAAAGGGCUUUGGAUAAAAGACAGUCAAAAUAUGUAGAGAAAAAAAGAAAAGAAAAAGGGAAUGCAACCUAUGAAGCAUAUGCACUUGUGGAUUUCCAUAUGCCUUUCAAAUUUGGGCAUAUGAAGUCAUUCCAUUGCUUGGAAUGAAAUAUGCAAGUCGCAUUGGUAGAAGUUUCCCCAGAAUUUUAAAUUGGACAGGUAUUGCAACUCCAAAAUACACUGAGAUUCAAUCCUUCUUUGUAGAGUCAAAUUUAUCUUUGCAUUCCAUACUCAUUCCCACAUUGGAAGAGCGUGAACAAGAGUAUGUGAAAUGUUUUGAAUUCGAGGUUGAAUCAAAUGAUGCCUUCCAAGAUGAUGUGAAUGAUUGGGAGAAAGAUGAAGAUCAUGAAGAAGUCGAGGCCUAUACCACUGCUACAACAACAACAAUGAAAUGUGGAAAAGAAUGUGAUAGUUCUAAAUUACCUUCAUUCAAGGAAUUGUUUAUGAUGUUCAUCAACUUUCAAGAAAAGACAGAAGCAAAUUUUAAUGAAGUUAGAGCAGAAUUGAAAAAAAUAGGAAGCAAGAUUGAUGGUUUGAGGAAGCUAUUAUUGGAUGUUGGAAACUCGAGUAAUGAGCCAUAUACUGCAACAAUGGGAAAUGAAACAAUGUUGGACUUCAAAAAAAUUGAGACAUUCAAGAAAGACAAUGAUAAGGAGGCUUUGAUAGAUGACCCACCUAAUGCAACAGUAGUUCAUGUUUUCUCACAUCAAGUAUCACCGAAUAUCUUUAAGCGAAGAAGGGAGGUAAAAAAAUCUUAUCUAUUACAACACCCAUUUAUAGAUCCCACUAAGAAAAGGAAGUUGCUAAUGACUAAGACUGACAUAGCAUCAUCAAUCUUUGAUCCAUUGCGACCACCAUCAAUGGAGGCAAAGAUGGCCUAUACACAAAAUAUUAAUGAUGGGAUUGAGGAAGAGUUCGAAGUCAACAUCGAGUAUAUGGAGGUGGACCAAAAAUGGUUUCAGAAAAUAAUGCUUCCUGGAGAAUGGCUUAGUGACUCGCAUAUUGAUGCCAUUUUAUACUUUUUUCGGAAAAGGAGGAUAGUAAACCCCGAUGUAUUUACACAAAAAUUCACCACUACUGACACAUUAUUUUGGCAAAAAGUGAAUGGUUGUUGGAGGAUGAAUCAAAAGGCAUGGAACAAAUACAUUUUACCGAAAGAUGACAUCCUCAUCGAUUAUGCUAUGGGUCUUUAUCCUAAGCCUUCUUUGAAAUGGUCUGAGGUUGAUGUCAUAUAUGUUCCUAUCAAUCUAAGGAACACACAUUGGGUAUUGGGAGUUGUCCACCUUCGUAGUAGGAAAAUUUACAUUUAUGACUCCUUAAAGUCAAUUAACAAACCCAAUGGAUUGAAAACACUCAUCACACCAUUAGCAAUGUUGUUACCACGUAUCUUAAGUGCUAUAAAAUACUAUGAGGAGAAUGGUGACCCCAAGGGUGAUAAAGGGUGGGACAUUGAGAUAUUGAACAACAUUCCACAACAAACAAAGGAUGGUGACUGUGGAAUGUUUUUGAUCAAAUUUGUGGAAUACCUAAUGCACAACCAUCCAAUGGAUACACUAAUAGGCGAGCGGAUGGAUUGGUUUCGUGAGAAGAUACAGUGGAGUUAUUUUUCCAUAAAGAACUUCCUAUGUGAUCCCACCACUGUAAAUUGAUUGUAAAUGGAUAGUGGAAGAUGUUUCUAUGUAAUGCAAUUGAAGUUUUUUGUUUGGAAUAUUUCUUUAUUGUGACACUUAUUUAAAUUGUAAAGACAUUGAAGUUUUUUGU